AUGCGGACACGCCAUCUGGUGCUACUAUCCAGCUUGCUUUUUGGUAUUUCAUUGACAAAUUCCAAUGGAACAGAAGUUUCAAGAAAAGACUUAAUCUAUUUGAACAAGGACAUUGACGCUUUUGUAUCGGCACUGUCAAUCGCAAGCUCGGCGAGUGCCGACGGUCUCUUUGCAUUACAUACGCUUGGACCGCGCCUUACGCUUCUAAUGAAAACCGGUAUUCCAAUCGCUGCAAUGGUAUUUAAAAAUCCUAAUCCAAAGCCAGCUACUCCGGAGUAUGUUGCUCUUACGGAGUUUAUCAAACGGAAAAAUCAAAUAUUCCAUUAUCUUGAUGAGAAUAUAGUUUUUUCCAACAGCAUAAUUAGUCAGAUUCAGAAGAGCGACUAUGUAGAAAAAAUUGAAUUGCCUCUGCGAAGAAUGAUGAAUGUCACGGAAAUGGUUUUGGAUCCUGUAUACCAAAAAAGUGAAGUUUUCAUCAAAACCUUCAAACAAAAUUGUAUUCUUAGCGACUAUGCUCCAGCUUCAAUUCUCGAGUUCCUCGAUUAUUGCGUGGUAAGAAACUGCAGAAAACCAGUGACACAGAAAGAUGGUGAAGAUUUGGUAAAACAUCGUGCCUACCUCUUGGAGGUUCUUCUUCGGUUAAACGUGGGUGAAACUCUUCUCCCAGACCCAUCCCUCUUCAUUUCUGAAUUCAAAACAAUACAUGAUCAGCUGUUGGACAAAAAAUUGUUAAAUGAAGAUCUCAAAGUAUUCGACAUGUACUUCCGCAACUAUAGCGAUGCUAUGGAAGUUUUCUUUCAAGAAAUAAGAGAACGUGGAUCAAUAAAGGAAACCGGUGUAGAUGACUGCCUUCUGCGUGCAUUGAUCGAGGUUGCAAACUUCAAUAAUGUCCUUGUUGAGAAGUUUGCGUUGAAGCUGAUCAGUGAACUGAUCGAUACCUACUUGGCCACAAUCUGCGCAGAAGUAGUUUUUAAUGGACAUGCAGAAUCCGUCGAGGAAUACAGUAGGAGGAUUCUUGGUUCUGUUCAUCGAAUUUCUACACACACAUCAGACUACCUCAACAAAUCGCUCAACUCUGCUUGGCCGGCAGUAUAUCAUGGAAUUCUUUCAAGUGAAAUCAAAAAAAUCAUGUCCAAAAAAUCAUCUGGAUACGUUGGAGAUGUUAUGAAAAUUGUAGCUGAUCUCUCACACCCAAUGUUAUUGGUGACAGGAGUACCCAAGUACGACUAUGAAAUGGCUGUGAUACGUUCUGAGGAUGAAAAGUACGAAUUGUACUUUGAAGAGACAGGGAACGGAAAAUACUGUUCUCUCAAGAGAAAUGUGAACGGAUUUAAUAUUAUUCUUGGAAGAAUAAAACUCGACUUUGCAAAUAUAACUGAGAGACAUAUAUUGGAGAGUAAAAUGGCUCGGCUCAACGAAACAUCCGAAAAGUUGAUAGGAACAAUCGAUGAUGAGAUGGACAAUAUCUAUGCCGCCGCAAAUCUUUCCGUCAUUGUGCACGCAUUGAAGAAAAAAAUUGAUGUGGAUAUAAUUUCGGAACUCAAUUGGCAUUGUUGGUCAAUUGUACGGAAAUGGAAAUAUUUCUCCUGUCCAACAAUUGAGUCAUAUGUUCUCCCGUAUCCAGUAUAUACUGCACCAAGUAUUUCUUCAGUGGACUAUCUACACGGCGGCCGCUUCUACGAAGACUGCGAACAGUUCCGUUUUAUUUUCUUCUCUUAG